AACCCGGAUGUAUCGAGAUUUGGAAGAACAAAAGCGUCGGAUUGAUAAUGCAUCACGAUUGUUUGUGAAAAGUAAAGGAAUAAGAUAGGUUAGCCGGGUAAAGUAAGGCCUACAGGUACGCGCGCGCUUUAAAUGAUUGAUUAUACCCGUUAAAAUUAAACCGCGAUUACAUGCAUUUGCAUUGUUGGACCAACGCCGUACCAAAUCCCAUGCAUGAAAAUUUGAUCAACAAUCCAUAUCGAAACUUUAUAAAUUAACAUAUUUAUCGCCGUUGCUUACAGUUUGUAGUGCUGCAAUGCAUUUGAUUCACGUCUACGGCAAGAAGUAUGAGCGCGGCAGCAACUGGUCCGAACCGGAGGUGCUCGAACUUCUGCAGAUCUGGUCGGACGUGCCCGUUCAAACCGAGCUGGUGACUUGUCUCAGAAACCAGCAUGUGUUCAACCGAAUCGCAAGCACCCUGCGCCAGAAAGGCAUCAAUCGCACUGGGGAUCAAUGCAGGGAGAAGAUCAAAAAGUUGAAGUUGGAGUACAAGCAGAAGACUUUGAGAUCCGCGAGGUAUUAUGAGCUCAUGGAGAAAGCUCAGAGUAACCGCACCGCCGCAGCAUCGGGCGCCACUUUGCCGUUAUGGGGCGAUACGACCACAAACGAGGUGGUCGGACUCCAGGGCGAUGCUCCCGGGGCAGAGGUACCGGGACACCCGUCCAUAGCGAGUGAAAUACUGGAGAUCAAGACGGAGGUCAUGAGCUCGGACGAUGAGGCGACGGGCCCGCCCGAGAUGCUGUAUGAGUUCGGACCUGUUGAUGAUGACGAUGAAGCCAGUGCCGAUCACAAAAACGCGGUGCCAAACACAGAGGAACUGGCAUUCACGGAUGGAGAGCAGGGGAACAACACACACGUCACUUGUUCCCCAUCAGAUUUCAGUGACCAGAACAUGACUGUCUCCUCUGGUGCGGGUGUAUCCCCAGCAACAGCUCCCAUGGCGAUAAGAGAAAGAGGUAACAAUGGCAACCAAGAAGGCCACAGGGGUUCCGGAUCAUUCCUUCAGAGGAAGCGUCGCAGGGUGGGACGAGGGGGUGACGGGGUGUUGACGAGCGCUCUUGCCAGUUAUCUGAGCUGGCAGCAGCCGGCAGAGGAGCGUUUCCUCGCACUAGAGGAGGCGCGUAUGCGGCAGGAGGCGCGAGCCGAAGAGCGGCGGGAGAAACAGGAGGAGAAACGAGCGCAGCAGGAGAGAGAACACGAGUUUCGCCUUAUGUCUAUGUUGACCAGAGUCCUGAACUCAGCACGAAGGGCAGAGACCAGCGCCACCCCUCUCCUUUUACCAAACUCCUUACAAACCUUGUUACCAUAUCCGUCAUCCACAAGUGCCAAAGCUCCAGCUGUACCCAUCAAUCCAUGGGGUGAUCAGACACGCCAGUACAACCCGUACCUCUCUCUCCGUGGCAACAACAUGCGGCUGCAACAGGGUAUCCUGAAGGAAGGCUACACGCAAUAUCACGCCAACAAGCAUGACGAGAACACAAACCCUGAUGGCAUUAUCAACAUGGGAACCAGUGAAAACAAGCUUUGCUUUGACCUCCUGCAGAAACGGCUAAUGCGACCCGAUAUGCUACAUGUGGAGCCUGCUUUUCUGCAAUACCCUGAUUGGAAAGGCCACAGUUUCCUUAGAGAGGAAGUUGCCAAGUUCCUGUCUGACUACUGCCAUUCUCCCAGUCCUCUAAAAGCAGAGCAUGUUGUUGUUAUGAACGGUUGUGGGUCUGUUUUCUCAGCGUUGGCAACUGUGCUCUGCAACCCAGAAGAUGCCAUUCUCAUCCCGUCCCCCUUCUAUGGUGCCAUAACAGAGGAUGUGGGUGUAUACAGCAGUGUUAAACUCCACCAUGUGCCACUGGAUAGUCAGCCCACAGGAAGCGAUGUCAGACCGUUCCAGCUUACUGUCGAAAAACUGGAGAACUCCCUCAAAGAGGCCAAGAAAGAGGGAUUAAACGUCAAAGCGCUUAUCCUGUUAAACCCACACAAUCCUCUGGGAGAACUGUACUCUGCUGAAGAGAUGACCAGCUUUAUCAAAUUUGCCAAAAAGCAUGAACUUCAUGUGAUUGUGGAUGAGAUUUACAUGCUCUCAGUAUUCAGUGAAACAGACAAGUUUUGCAGUGUUCUUAGUUUGGAUAGAUUGCCAGAUCCUCAGAGGACCCACAUUUUGUGGGGUGCCAGUAAGGACUUCGCAAUGGGAGGGAUGCGAGUGGGUAUGGUCUACUCUCAAAACCGAGAUGUGGUUCAGGCCUUGGAUCAGCUUGGAAGCUUCCAUGGUGUCCCGGGACUUACACAGUACCAAAUGGCCCAACUUCUCAGAGACAGAGUCUGGCUGAAUAGUGAGUUCCUCCCAGAGAACAGACGCAGGCUAAGAGAAGCUCACAGCUAUCUGACAGGAGAACUGAAGGAAGUGGGAAUUCCUUUCCUGCACAGGGGUGCUGGCUUUUUCGUCUGGGCUGACCUGAGCAAGUAUCUAAAGGAGAAAACGUUUGCUGAGGAACUGUCUGUGUGGAGUUGUUUUAUCAAACACAAGGUUCUGCUAAGUUGUGGUCAGGCCUUUAACUGUACCUCACCAGGAUGGUUCAGAAUAAUCUUCAGUGAUCAACAGCACAAACUAAAGCUAGGUGUGCAAAGGAUAAGGAAAGCUUUAGAAGACCUUCAGAGCUCCGCCAUGCUUGAGUCGCUGGAGACGACAGGAGACACACAAGGCAACACCAGUGAGUCAGUGAGGAGAGAAGACAUUAAGAAUACAAAAGAUGAGGGCACAAACAAAACAGUCAAGACCUCAAGUGUUCAAACCAAACAUCAAAAUGACACAGUCUGCAUUAAGGCAGAGCCGGUCUCAUUGGCUGACGAGGACUUCGUAUCUCUUAACGGCCAAUCCACCGUCAACUCAGAGAGUCUAGGCUAUCUGAUUGGUACUCUGCAGCAGCAGAUCCACUCGUCUGAUUGGCUGGAGAAGAACACGCCUGAACUAGCUCCGGGAGAGGACCCAAAACAAUUGGAUGUUUUUACAGAUCUGCUAAACAGAGCCAGGAAGUAGAGUAGCACUAGAGACAAGUUAGUUUAACACAACCGUCAAUACGAAUGUUUUUUUUUUUUAAUGAAAGCCUUGCGUACAGUUUAAAGGAAGAGUCUGUAAUUGCGGAUAUGAGCUCUGUAAUUAUUACAUUAUUAAGUAUGUUCCAGGUAAUUGGAGACUGCCCCUUUAAUUGCUCUGAAAUGUCAGAUUUUAGAUGGCCAAUCUGUUGUUUAAAUUGAUUUAAAGGGGUUAAUUUCAUAAUGAUCUUUUAAAAUAACAGCAGCAUAAAUAGCCUGUUAAAUAACAAUGGGCAUAGAGCAUGGAAAACGAAAAUAUCCAACAAAGUCCUAUGACAACUAUAAUAAUUCGUACAAGAUGGCGAAAUCGUAAGAUAUCAUACGACUUUGCUUAUAUGAAAAUGUAUGACUUUCAUUCCCAUAGAGGCCAACCAAUCAACAAACAAUUUUAAAUCUGUACAAUACAGGCGUUACAUUUGUGCUGGCAUCCUAUCCAACACUUUAUAUUCAGAAAAGAACUGUCCCGUGAAUACAUUUUAGACAUCCCAUAUUUAUUUGUGCAAUACAAAUGACUGAUGUAUGUCAAUAACCUGAAAUACGUUUUCCUCGUAUUGGUCCAAGCCCAAAUGUUUUGUUUUUUUCUCUUUUUUUCUUUAAUGGUACACAACAGUGAUUUUUUCCUCUUAAAUUCAUGGUUACGUUUAGGGUUGGAUGUGGGGUUAAAAUCAAAAUAACAUUGUUUGUUGGUUUGUUAUUUUUCUGUAUGAGUCAAAAAAAUGUUUUAAGAAAAAUGAUCGCUUUUUUGGCACAAAACAGUUGACUAAUAUGAUAAGUUGACUUGUACAAGUGGUGAAAAAAAAAAAGGCCUGAUAUGGGCAACUUUAAAUUAAUGUAAAAAUAUAUAUAUAUUUUGGGAUUUUUUUUUUUUUUUAACUGACAAACUGAACCACUUUGGUGAUGAAUAGUGAUGAAACUUUGCAUGUUCUCAGUUCUGGGAUAAAAGAGGAUGUGGUUUAGAAGACACAAUUUAGUUUACUUUGUGUUUUUUUUUGACACUUCUUACCUUUACAAGAAGGACUUGUUCCAUAAAUGCCUUAUUUUUGGCACCCUCAAUGGUGUUUUUUUCUUUUUUUCUCACAGUUCUGUGUUUUCAAGGAAAAUGUCUUAAUAGUUUAGUUUCAAUUCUGAAGAUUUGAAUGGGUGUGAUGUGUUUUAAGGGCUCCUGACAGUAAGAAUGAAUUCAUCUUCAAUUAAAAUUUAUUUUGCUAAAUUACAUUUACCAAACUGUACAUUGUGCCAUCAUUUUCUUUGUUCUUCGAUCCUGGCUAUUAAGCUUUUGUCAGACAUCUGCCGCAUUUACAAUGACCUGAGACCAGUUGCUCUUGUCUAAAUACACACUUUUGUUAUUCAUAAGACAGCUACAAAACUGAUCUCAGCUCUGUGCCAAAUAGCAAGCGACAGGAAGUUUUACCAUCUGUAGGGGUUUCCUGUUAGCCCACCUUGCUGGGUAGAGGAAAGCUGUUUCUUGUGCCGUUGAGCUGUUAUCAUGAUGACACGGCAACCCUUGUGAUGUAUCGCCAUGGUUACUGCGGUUCAGCCUACAGUACCGCCUACCACUGACAGUAAAAACUGAAAAAAAUAUCACAUAAAUUAAUAGGUUUGUGAGUCUAAGAAAGUGUUUUUACAUAACUCGUUUGAGACUAUGUCUGUACACGACCAGUCAAAAGUUUGGAGACACUUGACAGAAUUAUGAAUCUUUGAUCUAAAGGCUUAUGCAUGAGCCUUUCCAUUAAUCCAAAAAAUAAAAAAUAAAUUUGCAGACAAAUAUAAAUUGUGCCUAAAUUUUCAUUACUGUUAAACCAAUUUCAUCCAGUAACUCCUUCAAAUAUUGUUUUAAAAAGCAUCUCCAUGAAGCUGGUUGAGAGAAUGCCAAGAGUGUGCAGAACUGUCAUCUAGACAAAUGUUAGCUACAUUGAAGAAGCUAAAAUUUAAGCUAGUCUUGAUAUAUUUGACAUUUCACUACAUCACUACAUAAUUCCCAAUCUUCCACUUGUGGUAUUUCAUAAGUAGUUCUGAUGACUACAUUUCUCAAAUGUUUAAAAUGUUAAUAGUCAAAAGCUAGAGAGUGAAGUCUGACAAGACAAACUUUGAUGUUGGCUUGUCUGAAAGUUCAAACUAGUUUUAAAAGUUUUAAGUUGAAUGGUUAUACAGACAUAAAGCCAGACCGCUAACUAGAUAUCUAGCUAGACAGAGAAAACUACUUAAAGCAGAUUAAAGACCUUUUGUGUGUUUGUUUACAUUUGAAUUUUUGAAAGUUGGAGUUUGAAAUCAUGAGCAUUCCGUUGGCCAAUUCAGAUAUUUAAUCAAUGUAAGUCUAUGGAAUUUUUCCCACUUUUGAUCACUUCGAAAAGACAUAGCACACCAUUCCAGAACGGUCUAAAGAUCUGUGCCAAGUUUGAUGAACGUAGCUUGAAAACUCUAUAGAGUUUGUUAGAAAUUUUGGUUCUUGGUCUACAGAUUUUGAAAAAGCCCUGAACAAAAUUUUUAGAAUAACAGUAUGUUGGCUUCGUCAGCAUACAUAAAGAGUAGGUGUGUCCAAAUAUUUAACUGGUAGUGUACGUUCAUGUCACUUCUGAGCUGCUUGAAUUUGGACCUCAGUUUUUAGAAAUUCAGGCUACAUGUGUACACAAUGAAAACGGUAAGCUGAUUUGUAAAAUAUCAUUUUCACUAUCCAAACCGCAGCGACUGACUGACACACAGGGGUUUCUGGGGGAAUUUAACUACUCUCUGUGUGCAUCUAUCUGUGUUUAGGCAUGGCGGAGGGGGAGUUUCCACUGUAAGUGGGUCUCCACUGUGGGCAGAGGGAAAUCUUUACAGUGUCAUAUUACAGUGCUGUGAGGGGGAAGUAACACGUAUCUGUACAGUUUGUUUCUAACCCCUCUGUUUCUCUGUUCAUUUGAUAUUUGAGUGUGAUCAGUUGCUGAUUCUAUCACUCUCAUUGUACUGUGCAUGGGGAAAACAAUUGGGAAUCAUCAAAUACCAGUUAACAAACAUUUUCAAGACACUUCUCAUUAUAGUGAGCCAUUCGAGAACAAUGAAAGGACCAGAACUGUUUGACUCGAGGAGACGUUUUCGAUUCAUUGAGUCAUGCAUUGGCUUGAUGGGUUGUUUGUUUAUUAGCUAUGCCAUCUGGGCCCCUCAGUGGUUGAAUGACAGGGGUCUGUGGUCCUCUGGAAAUGAGACCAGCAUGGAUGACAGCUGGAUGGCCGAAGACAUCGCUAACGAUCUUAAGGCUGAGAGAGUGUUUGCAUUGGUCGCCUUUCUCAUGUCUGUGAGCUCUGGAGUGCUGUGCCUCAUGUUCGCCCUCUGCUGGACAUCUCAAACGGUGCGGUCCUAUUCAAACAUCCGCUCACUGCUCAUGGCAGGCCAGGAACACGACCCCACCACCCUGCUGCUUUUCACACUGGUGCCUACUGGAUUCUUCUUCUUUCUCAGCUGGGCUCUUUUCACCCACCAGCAUAUUGGCGAGAUCCGAGAUGACAUCACUCGACUAGGCUCGUCCUAUUGGCUGGGAGUCGCUGGCUGGGCUUUGCUAUUGGCUGUGUUGCCUGUGGUCUUCCUAGCGGAGAAGUUUGUGGUGCCAGACAUUCUCCCGGACCUAAUAAAGCCUGCCAACAUGUGGUGGAAGACCCAAGAGGUUGCGUACGCAAGAUCGUUUAGUGAGGGUUGCCAGCGUUCACAGCACAAUUCUCAUCCUGGCUUCAGGAGGUUUAUGUCAGGGCCCUGAAUUAGAGAAAAGUAACUGCAAGGAAAAGCACGAGAAGAUAUAACUGGUCUCUCUCUGGUCUCUCCAAAGCUGGUCUCUCCCUGCUAAAUGUAGGGAGCAAAUGCCUUGCAACAGGUGGUCAGAGACUCAUUCCCAGUUUGAAAAAAGCUAUAAAGCUCUACAGGGUUACACUAAGGUUCUGUGCUGGCUUUUGACAGUGGUUUCUCAGUUUUGGUGAGAACACUCCAAAAAGGUGGUUUUUGCACUUCUGAAACUAUGGGAGCUCUGAGUCUGAAACAAUGCUAGACUAAUGUUCCAGUUGCAGAAGGACUCUGGAAAAACUCUUAUUUGUACCUUUUCUUAGUCGCUCAAUUUCGUUCAGUUUCUCUUCAGUCUUAAACAGACAACACUGAUUCAAAUGGUCACAAUUGUACCGCUUAACAGUUCAUGUAUGAGGGAUGUGUCACUCUCAGGUGAUGAAACAGAAUUAAAACACUAUACUUUACUGUG